CAGUAGGUGAAGUGAAGGAUUUCACAGUGUCAUUUAAAGACACUUGCAGCUUGGCAGGAAAACGCAGGGAGCACUUUGCUCCAGCCUCCACCAGCCUUUUCUUCACGGUGUUGAAUGCCAGGCGCUGCGCUGAAACCUCCGCUGUGUAGUCUGGGAAUAUGAAAACUUUCUGGCCUUGGUACAUCAGCGGGGCUUGCUGCCGACUCAACCGCAGAAUAUUCAUCACGUCGCGGUCAUUGUGCACUCUGGCGAUGACGUUCAUUGGGAAGUGGCUUCGGUCUCAGGGCACAAUGCGCCCUAUCAAUUUUUACGGGCUUCGGAAAGUUGUCCUGUCCCAGCAGCUCCAAGAUAAAUUUGAGACUAAUUCUGCAGGGCGGCCACCCUCUACUCCUUCAGGUCGGCCACCCUCUACUCCUUCAGGUCGGCCACCCUCUACUCCUUCAGGGCGGCCACCCUCUACUCCUUCAGGUCGGCCACCCUCUACUCCUUCAGGGCGGCCACCCUCUACUCCUUCAGGUCGGCCACCCUCUACUCCUUCAGGUCGGCCACCCUCUACUCCUUCAGGCCGGCCACCCUCUACUCCUUCAGGUCGGCCACCCUCUACUCCUUCAGGUCGGCCAUCCUAUACUCCUUCAGGUCGGCCACCCUCUACUCCUUCAGGUCGGCCAUCCUAUACUCCUUCAGGUCGGCCACCCUCUACUCCUUCCUUGACGCCAACAAUCCGAAUGUUUUGUCUGCGCGAGCGCCCCUCGAAGUCGUCCACCUUUUUUUUAGGAAGCCGGUUAGCCGCCGCUAGCUCACGACUCCAGGGCCGAAACACRGGCAUCGGUAGAGGUCAGAGCUGCAUCCAUGUCAUCCAAACGGUGCCGGACCUCACUGUGCUCUGUCUGCAGGGUUGUUUAACGAGCUUCAAUGGAGUCCAGACGUCCUUCCAGUGAUUUCUUGAGAGUAUCCACGAGUGUGUAGACUUUAGAAAGAUCAUCUUUGUGGCUAUUGACGGCGGCUAAGAUAGCCUCGUUGCUAACAGCGGAACCCUAACCCUGGGCGGUCGACUUCUGGGCUUCGUCUUUCCUUGGCAUAAUGUGAAAUGCCAAAACUGAAAUAAACUGAAGAAACGGAUGCCAACUAGUCCUUCAGUUAAAAAAACGUAUAACUUUGGUGUAGUAAUUAAAUGUUAAAUGAAGGCAGUGACACAGAGCUCUACAAAACACGUCUACUCCAUUACUGCACACUAGCGCCCCGAUGGAAAACAUCUCUGGUAAAAAGUCACGUUGCUCUAAGUGUUCAUUCUGAAAUGCUAAUGUGAUUAUCAACUUCACUCAAAUGUAAUAAAUUUCAUUUGAGGAAUGAUAAAAUGCCUUGUUUUUUGAUUAGCCAGCAAGUUCCGAUUCUGAGUAGUAAGAUGGCAAAACAUGAUGCAUCUAAAGGUUACAGUUCAUUUCAGGACAUGACUUGCCCUGAAUUUUUGCCUCAUAGCG